CUGUAAGUCGUUUUAUUUUCUUUAGGGAAAGGAGUCUUAGUCUCCCAAAUGCUUUGUGACUCCCUUCCCUAAAAGUCUUUCCGUUGACUGAGUUGGACUGAAGGUUAUAAACCAUAAUCAAUACUCAAGCUGGUUGCUGCAAGGUGCUAAUUGAUAUCCCUUAACGGGAACAGUGUCAGCAAUCAAUAGAGAAGAUACAGCAUAGAUAGAUUUACAGCUUUGGUUUUGAAAGGGUUCGGGAGUGCCCAGUGAUGCUCUCCCCUGCACUCCCUUUGAAUGUUAAUGUUUUCUUGAGGACGGUUUCAGACUCACUCACAGAGAGGAUACUGCCUCUACUCACUGAAGCAGAAUCCUCGGAAGAGUUGCUGAGGCAGAACUGAAAUCAUGGCUUGCCUCAAAGAAGCAGCUGUAUUGGCUGCUAAUGAUGCCUCACACAGAAAGACGAUUCUCCUUUAACUCGAGGUCUGAAUGGGAAGUUUCUAAGCCUGGGAGACAACAGCUUUAGAGCUGGGUGUGCCAUCAGCUGCUCCUGGCUACCUCUCUGUCUCCUGCUUGAACUCAGCCUGGCCGGGGGAAGAAUGGAAACCAGACAGGCUUUUAACUACCUGUAACUGUUUCACCAGGAGAUGAAUCAAGCGUUUGCCCAGCCAGAUCCAGCAAACACAAUUGGACCUGGCAGAGAGAGAACACAGAUGCACUGCAUGAUGGGGAAAUCCUGCCAGGGCCAGACGCUGCUAUAACUCAGCCCCUCCAGGGAGCAGCCACCAUGAUCUCUGCAAACUGAUGAUGGAAGAAAAGGGAACCAGAAGAUACUGUGCUCUGGAUUCCCUGGACGAUGGAUGGAGGACAGCCUGUCCCUUCACCCCUGGUACCCCUUGGGAACGUAUCAGAUUAUAGCAUGUCUCUGGAACAGAAAACAACAUUUGUUUUUGUGAUUCUGUUGUUCAUCUUUUUGGGCAUCCUCAUCGUCAGGUGCUUCCGGAUUCUUCUAGACCCAUAUCGGAGCAUGCCAACCUCAACCUGGGCUGACGGGCUUGAAGGUCUAGAGAAAGGGCAGUUUGACCAUGCCCUUGCUUAAUGGGGACAUAGUAGGCUGUCCUCCCGAGGAGGCAAAGUGCUUUAUGUCUGAGCAAAGCUUCCUCUUCGUUCAUGUUCUUAACAAAUCUAAUUUUCACCAUCAUUGGCCCUAGGACAGCAACCCAUUAUUUCAUAAACAUGCUAUUGUGUUAAAGGUGUCUUAUUUGAGGAUAAUGGAAAGUUUAUAUUACCAGACCCCAAGUAGGAAGGCGCGAACAUUUGUGUUUACUCAAUGAAUGUUGUUGAAGAUAUUGUAAAACCAAGCACACCAACACUUGUGGAGAUUUCACUUUCAAAUGAAGCACUCUCUGCUCAGAACAGAUACUAAAUAAUUAGAGAAGGCCAGGUAUGAGUCUAAGGACAAGUCGUGACUCUCAAUUUUACUUUGUGCACAUUUAGGUCCUGGGCAGAGUGAGGAAGCCUGUGGAAAGACCACCUCAGGGGGCUGCUGAUUGCUUGCAAAGCAGGGAGCACUGGGAAGCAGUGGUAGGCUUAGGAGAAACAUUUUUUUGGUCACUCUAGAUGAGAAUGCUAGCAUUUUCAUUUUUAAAUAAUGUUAACCUCAAAGUUCACAGAGUUUUGAGACUACCAGUCCUAAUCUAAUCUCUGUAUUCUUAUAGCUAACACCUGUAAAUGCACCGAUGUAUGAUUUGAAUGUACUGUACUUACAUUUCUGAUGGAACUAAUGGGUUAUAAGCACAACUUCACGGUUAUGAUCUGAAAGAAAGAUGAUCACUUAGCAAGGCGACUUUGGGUAUAAGAGUAGUAUGCAUUUUUAUGUGCGUAUAGUUACCAAAUAAAAAAAUUUCAAGAUGUA